AGGCCCGGAACUUGGAAACUCUCCAGCCGUUUCUCAUCAUUUAGGGGGUACAUGUUACUAGUUUCUCCGGAGUACAGAUAACAAGUCAAAUGCGAUCAUCCAUAAAACAAAUGACCCACCGUUAGCGUUCGUUCUAGAGAAUUAUUGUUUGCGAAAAUAUUACCACCGUCGAAUUUGUGUGUUUAUAAGUACAUGACUCUCAUUGCCCUGUAUUCCGGGGCAUUGCAACGGGUUUAACCUGGGGCCGAUUUUUGUCUUCUCAUUCUCGUUUUGCCUUGCUUUUCUGUAACCAGAACAUUAUGAAGGCUAUCUUCGGGGCCAUGAACAUUGGCGAUCCCGGGGACAGUAGAACCCGGGUUCACACCGUUGAAGAAGCCAAGCAGAUGAUCGACACAUUUCUUGAGUACGGACACAAAGAUAUCGACACUGCCCGGAUCUACGGGAAUGGAUCGUCGGAAGAGUUUCUGGGCAAAAUGAACCUGACCGGCGUGAGCCUGGACACGAAGCUUUUCCCAUCGGCUGCCAAUGUGACCGUGGCGGCAUCUUCAAUUGAAUCCUACCACCAUACUCCCGAGGACUUGCGGCGCGGACUGCUGGCCAGCCUGAAGGCUUUGAGGGUUUCCAAAGUGCAUGUGUUCUAUCUCCAUAGCCCCGACAGAACAGUUGCGUUUGAAGAUACAUUGCGCGAAGUCAACAGGCUAUACCAGGAAGGGUAUUUUGAAGAACUGGGUAUCAGCAACUACCAGUCCUGGGAGGUGGCCACCAUCUGUCACAUCUGCGAAAAGAACGGGUGGGUGAAACCUAGUGUCUGCCAAGGAAUUUACAAUGCGUUUCAUCGUGCGGUUGAGCCCGAAUUGCUUCGCUGCCUGCGCCACCACAACAUCUCUUUCUAUUGCUUUAACCCACUGGCUGCCGGUAUGUUGACCAGUCGCUACACCCGGGAAACUGAUGAGUACGUGGCGGGAGGCCGAUUUGAUCCCCGAACCGGGCCCGGUAAACUCACUCGCAAACGGUAUCACCACUCCCUUUAUUUCGACGCAUUGGAUUGCCUCCGGCCCGUGGCCAAGCGGUUUGGAAUCAAUGAAGUGAGCUGCGCGCUACGGUGGCUCUCAUAUCACUCGCAAUUGAAGAGUAGUCUUGGCGAUGGAAUUGUGGUUGGGUCUAGUAGCGCGGCACAACUCAAGGAAAACCUCGAGGCAAUGAGAGAAGGACCUCUUCCCCAGGAGGUCGUGGAUGCCCUUGACGAAGGCUGGCGGAUCAUUCAGGGCAAAGAGUUGAUCUACUGGCACUGAGUGUAGUGGAUUAAGGUAGCCUUGAUAUCAUGUGCCAGACCUGGUACUGGCAAAAUUCAAAUUAGGUAUCUAGCCUUGUAGUUGAAGCCUUUCAUCACCAGUAUAGCCUAUAGCAAAACAAUCG